AUGGCCGCCCGUGCUCUCCUCGCCGCGCUCUCUCUCACAGCCACCCUCGCCGUGGCCGAAGACCUCGAAUGGUGUGGCGACAACGCCCGCUACUUCCCCUCGGAAUACACCUGCUUCGACGACUCCUUCCUCUGCCCUGUUCUCUUCGGCCUGCCCAAUCUCCCCUGCGGCGGUGGAUGCUACGCCGACCAGAUGUACACGUGCGACGGUGGUUCCCUGAAACUGCGUGGUGAGCAAAAGGAGCCGUUCAUCCUCACGACGGCGUCGAGCAGCGAGCACGUUGACGGACUCGUGGUGAAUGCUUGCGGAGGUUAUUUGGCUAUUGGGACGGGGGCGAGGGAGUGUGCGCAGUGUCCGGCGGAUGCUGGGGUUGACUGUGCGGAGUAUGGGGAGAAGUGUGUCUUUUUGCCAGAUGGCGAGAUGGCUGUUGACCUUCCUGGAGGUCAAUACUGGUAUAUCAGCCCCGACGACGGCGCUCUCAUGUAUACCAAGGAAGGAAACGAGGACGGUCUCGGCGGGCAGGGUGUCUCCGUCUUCGACGAGGGCUUCUUCUCCCCCGGCGAGCGUCCCUACUGGCUUGCUUGCCUGCGCACCCUUCCCGGCGGUAACCCCGGCACGACGAGGAGCUACAGGAUCUACGCACCCACGGCAGAGAACCUCGCGAGGACGGACUGUGACCAGAUCAAACUCGUUGCCAAGUCAGUCGAUAGGAAGGAGGGUGCUUACCGAUGGCAGUAA